AUGGGGUCUCCAACCUCCGUGCGCGUGUAUGUGGGCGGCUUAACAUCAACUAUUACAACGCAAGAGCUUCAGGAACGCUUUGGUCAAUUUGUGUUUAAUUCAAAGGACUGUCAACUGACGUGCGUAGAGCUUCCGAAGCCGAAAACGCUUGAAAAUUCCGUAGCGUCCAGUAUAAAUUGUCGUGGAUUCGCGUAUCUGACGUUUCAGGGCGCAGAUGCUGCAACGCAGAGCGAAGCACUACAAAAGACGUAUAACCGAACGAAAUGGAGAGGAAAUUUACUCAAGGUGCAAGUGGCUAAACCUCAUUUUGAGCUAAAAUUGAAGCAGGAAAAGGAGGAGCGAGAACGGGAGAGAAAAGAACGAGAAUUGAAGAGACAGAAGCAUUUAAAGCAGAUUAAUACACCUGUUGAAGUAGUUGAACCUUUGAAGUUGACAGUCACGUUUAAAGGAAGGAAAAAGACAGAGUUUUCAAACGUGGACGAGACUAAAUGUGCGAGGAAGGAAAAAGCAAAGGUGGAGACAGACAUUGAAACACUAGAGAGUGAAGCUGGCGAUACUGAGAGUGAGAGUGAAAAUGAAAAGGUGGAGGCUGAAGCGCUUGGAGAGGAUGAUGUCGAGAUGUUCGUGAGAAAAAUGGAGGCGGAAGCUGCGGCGAUGAACCAAGACAAAGAGAAAAAGGUGUUGAGUAGAGAGACAAUGAAUGCACGACGGUUAGCGGCACUGGGACCAAAGCAUAAGCAGAAGAAGGAGGAGAUGUUAGCGAUUUCGGCGAAAGAGAAAAAGGUGUUGAGUAAAGAGGAAAUGAAUGCACGACGGUUAGCGGCACUGGAAGCAAAGCAGAAGGGAAAGAAGGAGGAGAAGUUAGUGAUUCCGGCUAUCGGGGAGGCAGUAGGCAAUAAGAAGAUUACGUUUGAUGAUAGUGGCAACGAGCAAGAGACCGAGGAACCGGAAGAAGAAGACGCUGGGGUGGUGUUGAACUGGAUGGACUCAAGCGACGAUGACGCGGAUGGGCAUGAAACUGAGCGUAGGGAUCGUAAGACAUUUGACUUUACGGAUAGUGAUAUUGCUGAAACUACGGCUGCUAAUGCGAAAGCCCAGGCUGCAUUCGCAGUGCGACCUGAGUUUGUUGGUGAGAUGGGUAAAAAGCUGUUUGAGAUGCAGAAACGCUUUGGAGGUGACUCGCGUUUCCACUUGGAUGCGCGCUUUUUGGAAGACGAAGCUAAUGAAUACGGUGGAAAUGACAUGGAAGAUGACGAACAGCAUGUCGAUGAGACUUCUAUUGCUGAGUUGCAGAAUUUUCUCGAAGAAGAAGGUUUGCAGGAAGCUGCUUGCCACGCACGUGAGAUGCGCGAAGAGGAAGAAGCUGCAUUGCGAGUGGUGUCCAAACUGUUCUCUGAUGUAGAUGUAACACGAUUGCAGCGGCGAAUGCAGGAGCAGCGGAUGCCUAAGGAUCCGCUAAAGGAAGCAGCUUGGAUGGGAGAGUUGAAGCGCUAUGACCCGCGCAAUGCCGAUGCAUGCCGUGAGUUCGAGAUGCCGAUGUCAAUUGCUUCAUCUAGAGCUCAAGAAAACGAGACGAAGAUUGUUUUACCCAAGCGCGGCGAAAAGGAAAUCCCGACUGGCGGCGACCGCUUUUUUUCCACUGCUGGUGACCUCAGCAACCUUUUCUCGCGCGUCCGUAAGAAUUCAGAGGAUGGCGAAGAAGGUGAAGCAGCACUUGAUGGUGUAUUUGGGUCUGGCACAGCUACGACUCAAAGUGGAAGUGACGCUCCUUUUAAACUUAGCUCAUUGUUCUCCUUCCCGGCUGGAGAGGACAAACCGCUGGCUGCAAUGGGCGAGCAGCUUCUUGAAGACGAGCAGGAGACAGCACCAAGUGCAGUGGACUGGACCUUUUUGCACGGUUAUCACUCGACAGAUGACAUGGUAGAUGAAGCAAUGACCACAGACAGUGAAGCUGGCGACGACGGUGAGGAUGAAGAGCAGACGAAGGCUGCACUGACUAAAGCGCGUGCUAAAAAGAGUUAUGAGGACUUCAUAGCUUUUGGUAAAACGUUUGUCGCCGGUCGUGAUGUAGCAGACUGGCCUGAACGUCGGAGGAAGCUUACACUUGACUACAAGCGAAAGCGGCGCGAUGCCGUCAAGGUGAAAAAGCGUCAGAACAAACAGCAGAACAAAGCCAACAAGACAAAGACAGAUGCCAACGCCACAGAUACAGCAACAUCAUCAAAGUGGAAGAAAGCCCGGCUCUAA